GGCGUGCGCCACCAUCGCCCGGCUAGAUGGGGUUUCUUACUGACUACUUGACUAACCUAACCAGACAACGCCAAGGCCCUCCUGCCUGUGCCUUCUAGCAGUGGCAUCCCAGGUGCAGAGACAACGGUGGACGCUGGAGUCCUGGACUCCUGAUUCCAAGUAUUUCUACAUACUGAUCUAUUCCCUGCCCAUUUUCUUUAGUGACCAGGUUCUCAGACAGUCUAGGGUUGAUCUUGAACCCCAAAAGCUUGGAUCAGUCUGGCACCACUAUACCUGACUUUCCUGUUGUUUUUAGAAGACAGAACACAUAUACACGCAUAUGUAUCUAUGUAUGUACCUAUGUAUGUAUGUAUGUAUUUAAGGAUGUACAUAUGUGUUCCAAGUUGGCCUUCAUCUUACCUCAGUCUCUAAGUGCUAGAAUUACAAAUAUCCAUUUUGAUACACAAGUCAAUUAAAAUGCUCAGUUUUAAGUAUAGACACAUUAUUGCAAUUUCAGGGCAUAAAGUACAUAUAGACAAGUUUGGGUUUAAAAACAUGAUCAAACACUGUUGCCAGUGGCUCACUGUUAAAGGUGCUUGCUGCUAAGCCUGACGGACCUGAGUUUGAUUCCCAGGACCCACACAGCAGAGGAAGAAAAACAGCUCUCAAUAGUUGUCCUGUGACCUACAUUUCUGGUACCAUGAGGGUAUACUCACCUAAAACAAUAUACAAAAUAACAAAAGCUUUAUAAUAAAAAACCAUGAAGUGAUGAAUAAAUACAUGAGCAGCUGGUCUGUGGCCACACGAUGCUGAGGUCUCCAUGGUCAAGAUGGCUGCUGGAAGUACCUCACUGGACUGUGGCACAACCUCCCUCUGCGUCCACAGCCCCUGCGUGUCCUCCAGCAGUUCACAGAGAUGGCGUUUCUACCCUUACCAUUCACAUCACCAAGGCAAAUAAAUAAUAAAUAAAUAAAUGCUGGAGGGAGGCCAGGGCUCGGACCUCAUCACCUACCCUCCCCAGUCACCGUGGGUGGGCCUUUGCAUCCCUUUCUGCAGAUCCCGCUCCAAGCCUGUCUGAGGACACUGAUUACCCUGUUUCAUAGCAGCACCCCCAGCGCUGUUCAUGCCCUCACCUCGCCUUAAUUCUUCCCUUGUAGUCCAAUCAACUGCACAGUAAUUACCUGUACUGAUGUUUCUUCUUGUCCCUAAGAGACUUGGUGAUUGAGUGGUGGCAUCUGUGGGAUGCCUCUUGUCUACGCUGUCCCCUCUGCUAUGGAUGCUCUGUUCUGCUUUUCCCUUUAGGACCCAGGGCAAAGCUCCCUCCUUAGUGAGCCACCCCAGACCACCUCAUCCUAGCUAGCCAGUCAUCUUUUCUACUGGCCUCCCACUGUCCCCUCUGAGAGUCCCAGGGCUGUGGCAUCUGUGCCCAGGUGCCUCCCCAAACCUGAGCAGGCCCUCAGUAUCCAUCCACUGCACCCCUCCCAGUCUCAGGACUAUUUCAUUGUCCCUGCCCCAUUCUGCUGCCCUCUCACUUUCUACAGAUAUUCCCUGAGGCCUAAGUGUCCCUCUGCACACUGCCCCACACUAUGUCCACUUGGCCCCUCCUAUUCAGGCUUCAGGACCCAGCACAGGCAAACCUCUCAUAGGCACUUCCCUGAUGGUCCUGGCUAUUGCUGCCCCCAUCACUGUCUAGAGGCUGUGGCUUUCGACCUGAUCUUGGGUUCCAUCCUCGGUCUAGUAGAUGACAAGUGGGUCAUGACUGAUGGAGAGCCCAGGCCCUGAGUCCCACCUCCAGGAGGCUUUUCCAUCUGCUCCUCCCUGUGAAGACUCUUCCAUGUUCUACCAACAACUCCAGCUCAGUGUUACCUCCUCUAUGAAGCCUCCUUGGAACUCGAGGUGGCCAGUGUCUCUCUCUGGGCUUGCCCACCCCAGCAAUAACAUCACCUAGGCCUGAAGACUCAAGGCAGGCCCUUGGUGAACCCAGCUCCAAUUUUCAGCCCUGUUAAGUAGGAGUGGAUGUGAUUCUAUUCACUAACAGGCUCCAGCCUUGUGCCAGGGUCCCACCUUCUCUCCCCUCUGAUCUCACUCUCCAGAGUCCUCAGUGCUCACUAUGACCUCAUGAAGUUGCUUGUGAUGAGCCAUCCGGUCGUCGUCCUUGGCUACCAAAUCUCGCAUGCUUUACCCUGACUUCAAGGAGCUCAAGCCCCUUUGCACCCGCCAUGCAUUCUCCAUCAAAGAGAUCCUCCAAGCCCGGCAUGGCUCCGGCACCGGCACCCACUGGGCCCUCCAUGCCCACCACAGCUCCCAUACUUCCAGCUUCCCUGAAGACCACCAAAGCAGCGGCGCCCAACAGUUCCUCAGUGCAUCCUAAGUCCCCUAACUUGGUCAUGAGCCCCAGUAGUUCUAAGUCUACCAGAUCAACAGGUACUAAGACAGCUCCUUCCACCCAUCCCAGCAGUAGAUCCCAAGGCCACAGCAAGACGAGAACACCCAGUCGGCUGAGCAAGAGCGGGAAGAGCGGCAAGACUGGCAUUGUGGAACAUCAGCAGAAAGGCACACAUAGCCGGGGGCGAACUCCGGGCAGGAAGCGAAGUCACAGCUCCAAGAUGUCCCCCAGCAGAACAAGUACUCCUAUCAGGAAGAGAACCCAUUCCGCCAAACCAGGUGUGGCCAAGAAGGCAACGACACCUACUUCUGACCGCAAACAAAGCCAAGACAAGAGUUAUACCCAACCUAGAACCAGUACACAGGAAAGGAGUGCCAGCCAGCCUAGAAACACGCACCAGGAAAAGAGCCCCAAGUCACCAGGGGCCUCAGACCCGGGGAGCAGCUCUAGAGUAGCUGUGAUCCCCAGUAGGGCCAAGAGCCACAGCUUAAGUAGGACGGCCUUAAUGAGCUCUAGCAAGUCUCCUGUGGCAUCCAGGAGAGCCAAGAGCUAUAGCCAGGUGACGUCCCCCAGCAGGGAACAGACUCACACCGUGAUAGAUCUGACUGACUUGUCAGGCACGGUCAAGAGUUACAAACAGGACAGCAGCCUCAGCAGGACCCAAAGCUUUAGCCGCUCCAGGACCCCCAGCAGGACCCGAAGUCACAGCCGCUCCAGGACCCCCAGAAGGUCAAGAAGUCACAGUCACAAGAGGACCCACAACCGGGUGAGAAGUUACAGCUGGAAGAGAAAUCGUAGUAGGGCAAGAAGUCGUACGCGGAGGGGCACACCCACCCAGAUGAGACGCAGCAAGUCCAGAACCCACAGCCAAGGGAAACGUCACAGCCCACAGAGAGCUCUAGGAAGGGAAAGAAGUCGAGUGAGGUCUAGGACUUCCAGCGAGGAAGAAAGUCGCAGCCGGUCCAGAGGGACCCGAGAGAGACAUCACAGCCAAUCCAGAACUGCCAGGAAGAAGGGACACAAGCUGUCUAGGAUGCCUACCAGUGAAAGCAGGCACAACCCGUCUAGAACCCCCAGCACAGACACAGCCCGCAGCCGGCCUAGAGCCUCCAUCAAGAAGAGAGCACAGAGCCGAUCCACCAUUUCCAGCAAGGAAAGGCACCGUGGCCAACUGAGAGCCACCAGCAAGGAGAGCUCCCGAAGCCACUCUAGAACCCACAGCAGGGACCAAGAACACAGCCACCCUGGAACCAAAAGCAGGGACCGAGAACACGGCCACACUAGAACCCUCAGCAGGGACCGAGAACAUGGUCACCAUAGAAUCCACAGCAGGAACCGAGAACACGGUCACCCUAGAAUCCACAGCAGGGACCGAGAACAUGGUCACCCUAGAACCCACAGCAGGGACCGAGAACAUGGUCACCAUAGAAUCCACAGCAGGAACCGAGAACACGGUCACCCUAGAAUCCACAGCAGGGACCGAGAACAUGGUCACCCUAGAACCCACAGCAGGGACCAAGAACAUAGCCAAUCUAGAACCUCCACCAAGGACCAAGAAUACGACCAAGCUACAGCCCCUGAGAGCCUCCCAGGGAAGCCAUCUCCCACCAGAACCAGGAGUUCUAGCCAGAAGAGAGCCCACAACAAGGAAAGGGGUCACUCCUCCUUGCAGCCUUCCAAGGGAAUUCAAGCCCAGGAAUCCAGCUUCGUCAACACCACAACUUCUAAGGCUAUCUCACCUGGGGAAAGGUCUUCAUCAUCUUCCUCCAAGCUGGCGUAG